UUUGUUUCAGAUCACACAGGUGAAGCAGUAAAUACAUCAUCAUGAGAUUCCGCUUCUGCUGGGACGUGGAUUGCCCCGACUGGCUCCUGGCCGAGAUCGCCGCCCUCUCCAAGAUGACCUCGGUGAAGCUGCGUCUGCUGGUGGGCCAGGUCGCCAAGGCCAUCCCCGGGCCGCCGCUCAGCUACGAGGUGGUGGAGAAGCUGACAAAAGACGCCAAAUUGGAGAGCAGCGAGGCCAUGGCGGCGGUGGCGGCGGUGCGCUGGGUGCUGGAGCGCGCGGGCGGGGCGGGCGUGGGCGGCCCCGUGCUCGACUCGGAGCUGCAGCAACUCGGGCUGCCCAAGGAGCACGCGGCGGCGCUCACCAGGGUCUACUCUGAGCACCAACCCCGCCUUCGCCAGGCCCUCAGGCAGGCCAGUCUCAAGGAGGGCGGAGAUCCCGAAUGGGCGUGCGACGUGGUGGGCGUGGACGUGGGCGGCCGGACCGAGGCGGUGGCACAGUUGACCCUCGACCGCCCCGGGGAAGGAAGCAAGAUCGCUCUCUCGCCCGACCAGCUCCUCGUGCUCAUCCAUGAGUUGAGCGAAGCCAGGCAGAUAAUGGAGGCGAUUAGUUGAUCACGAGGAAGCGGUGAAAAGGGACGCGGAAGACAAGGAGGGCGAGAAUCAAGAGAAAGAUAGAAGUAAGAAAAACUAAGAAAGAAGGAUCUUAACAUGGGUCUCUUCCCCGAUGCCCCGUCCGCGCAGCCGCCCCCCCAGAGAUUUUUCCGUGUUUCCAGUGGAGGAAGAAGGAUUUGUUAAUAAAACAGAACUAAAUCAAUUCAUGUAAUUCAUCUUAAUAAAUCAACGGAUAGAUAUGU